UUUUACAGUUCGUAGGGACCGGUUGUGUCGGUGUGGCAUUUAGAGCAACUUUCUUAAGACUAAAGAAAAAAAAAUCAAAAUGAACCGUCGUAGCUACCGUGGAGGCCAGCACCAAAACCAAAACAGACCAAUCCAACAACAGUACGACAAAAGUUUCGUACCAUCCAAUGGAAGUUCUAAUAAUCAGUCGCAACCGCAACAACAACAACAACAAAAGCAACAACAGCAGCCACAAGUGCAACAAGCUGCCGUUCAGCAGCAGCCACCUGUGCAAGUUGCCGCUCAGCAGCCUCCGCCGCAACAACAGCAGCAGCAGCAGCCGCCGCCAGUUCAAGAGGUCGACGAGUCCAACCAGAUGGAUUCCGGUGACGAGAGCGCCGAGGGAGGAAUCGGAGCCAAAAUGCGCAAGAUUUUUGCUAAUCGUAAAAAUCUCAGCUCGGCCGAUCGCAAAAAGUUAGAAAAGGAACGCAAAGCCCGUCAGUUGCGCCGUUUGCGUAAACUGAUCACACCGAAGAAUGCCGUGGUUGCACUGCACGAACUGCAGGGGCCAGGAAUGAGUGAAUUCACCAUCAACACCAACGGUCAGGAGACGACGGCCGAAAUCGUGGUCAACAAUGUGCGCUAUGAGGCAACUGCUGCGAACAAGCAUCAGGCCAAGGCGAAGGCUUCGGAGAAGGCACUGCGUGAUUUGGUGAUCGCUCAAAUGACAAAGGCUCGCAUUAAUGCUGAAAAGCAACCGACCAAUGGCAAUGGCAACAGUCAGGAUGGCACGGAUGGUGAAGAUGUCGAGAUGACGGACGUUGCCGAAAACGAUGACGUUCCGAUGCUUCACUUGGCCUCCUAUGCCCUGUACAAGCUCUUCAGUGAAUGGCAAGAUGCAGGCUUUGAAAUCCCAGCCAUAAAACCUGUCAAACCCUCGGUGAAACUUACCGAAACCGGUGCUCAUCCGUUGGCACCCAAGGUUCCCAAAACCAAGGGUGAUCUGCCCGAGGAUGCAGCCAAUCGUCAUCCCACGGCACUGCUAGCAUUUAUGCGCCCACAAGUACCGUACGAGGAUCUUGGCUCCAACAACAAUAACGACCCAGCCAAGCGAGAAUUUUCCGUUGGUGUUACGGUCGAUGGUCAACGGUUCAUUGGUAAAGCUCGUUCGAAGAAACUGGCUCGCAAGGAAGCUGCAGCCGCCGCAUGUCGGUCUUUGUUUGAAGUCGCCUUUAUCGAAUCUAGUGCUGCUUAAGUUUUCCAUGACACAACAGUUCUCACCUCUCCUUACGCAAGUUUGUACUUUGUCAUUUUAGUAAGAUUAGGCCGUCUUCGCGGUACCAACAUGUAGCGGUACCAUUAAUACGCGUUCCCCGGCGUUUUACGUCAAGCAACAUCCUUAGGUUUUAGGGACUUUAUUUAAAUUUGAUCCAAUUAUAGAACCGCCCCAUAUAUUUCUGUUCUGUGCAGAAAAGUAAUAACGGACUUAGCAUAUAUUAUUCACUCGAGCUAUAAAUUAUAGGAUUAUCCUAACAGCUAGUUAGUA